CAACCCUUUGCCUCCUCGUCGUCCAAAACGCAAUCAUCACACAAAGCAACGAGACGUGUUUUCCGAGGACUUUUGUAGUAAAAAGAAAUUGUAGAUUCGCAGCAAGGUAACGAUGGCUCGUGGACACCAGAAGAUCCAGUCACAGCAGAAGGCGCAGGAGAAGCAAGCCAAGAUGAAAAAACAGCAGGGCCACGGACUCAGCGAUCAGAUGAAGGCAGCCCAGAAGGCGCUUGUGUUCUCGUGCGCGGUCUGCAAAUCGCAGAUGCCCGAUCCGAAGACGUACAAACAACACUUUGAGAACAAACACCCGAAGAACGAGCUACCGGCCGAGCUGAAGGAUGUCUAGAACGAGAGGAACGCAACGCAUGAGCUGGACGACAGGGCUCCGAUGUACGUUCCGAAGCCCGUCGGCCGAGAGGUUCGAUUCCAUGAAUCGCUUCGAAUUGCCGGAGACGCGCGUAGAUUUACGUUACUUGAGAUUCGCUGCCCAACAACAGCUGCCUACUGGUACUUAGUUAAUUGCAAACGGACGUGUUGGAGUUCUUACCAUUUUUCUUUGUCCUACAAAUUCAGUGUAAAUAGUUGGAUGUUUCGAAGUCGGAGAGAGUUCUUGCGCCAUCCAAUUCCUAUACGACCAGCAUGAGUAUUAAAUAAAGUAUACCAGCAUGCGCCGGAA